CCGAGCCUGAGCCGUGAAGACCUGUAUCGUCGUGAGGACCUAUAUCGCCGUGAAAACAUCGUACCAACACAGCGGAAUUCGGAUCUGGAGUUUGACCGACAUGGCGACUUGGAUCGGAUCUUAUCUGAAACAAGAGGAGGGAGAGGAUGGACAGGAUACUAACCGUACCCACAAGUGCAGCUAUUGCGACAAAGAGUUUCUCUGCAAAAGUAAGCUCGAUCGACACCUGCGAACUCACACUGGUGAGAGACCAUAUCAAUGCGAUGAAUGCGGGCAAUCGUUUAGUCAACUUUCAAAUCUGAAGAAACACAUUCGGACUCACACGGGUGAGAGACCAUACAGUUGUGAGGAAUGCAAUCAACAUUUCAGUCGGCUAGGUGAUCUAAGGAGACACACGCGGAUUCACACGGGUGAGAGGCCUUUCCGAUGUGUGGAGUGCAGCAGGCAUUUCAGUAGUUCGAGCGAGCUGAAGAUGCAUAUUCGAACUCACACCGGUGAAAAACCGUACAUGUGUGAGCAUUGCAACAAAGGCUUCAGUCUGUCGACUCAUCUGAAAAGACACGUGAGGACCCACACUGGUGAAAAACCGUACAAGUGUGCGGAAUGCAGUCGUCAAUUCAUUCAGCAGUCCAGUCUGAAAAGUCACAUGCGGACUCACACAGGUGAAAAACCGUAUAAGUGCGAGGCAUGCAGCAAGCAGUUCUGUCAGCUGGGUACUCUGAAGAGGCACAUGCGCACUCACACUGGGGAGAAACCGUACAGUUGUGAGGAGUGCAACAAGCAGUUCACUACGCUGUCAGCUCUAAAGACUCACAUGCGAACUCACACUGGUGAAAAACCUUACAAGUGCGAGGCGUGCAGCAAGCAUUUUACUCAGCUAUCACAUCUUAAGAGCCAUAUGCGGACUCACACUGGUGAAAAAGUGUAAGGAGUGCAGCAGACACUAACAGUAUAUUUAGUUGUCGAAUCUAAAGAGACAUAUAUAUGUAUGCAGAAACACUCUGUUAAUGACCGCAUCAUCCGCAUGUGAAAAAAACAGAAGUAGCAGAAGUUUGUUGCUGAGCAAUGAUAAAUACUUCUGAUCUGUAAAAGGCGGUAUAAAUGGGACUGGAUGGGAAUAUGUCCAGUAUCAUCACACUGCCAUCUGGAGCUGCUCUCAGGAUGCACAGGAUGUCGAUUAGUUCUUGUACGUUGCUUUAGUAGGUGUGCUCAGUAAUAAGUUUGAUACUUAGAGGAUCACCGACGUCGACAUAUUAGUUACUAUAUAUAGGGAACUUUUAUUUCAUUUUCAUGUAUUUCCACAUUUUCCACCGAUAUUAUGAUACAAAUAUGUAAGGAUUUCAACCUCAUAUCAUGUAGUUAAGUGCACUUGCUAUUCAACCUUUCAGUUUAGAGAAUGUGUAGUUGAAUGUCAAUGAGAAACCGUAUAGCUGUGUGCGACAAGCAGUUUAGUUAUCUGUCUAGUGUAAGGAAACACAUGCGGACUCACACUGGUGAAAAACCGUACAUGUGCGAGGCGUGCAGCAAGCAGUUCACUCAACUAUCACAUCUAAAGAGACACAUGCACACUCACGCUGUUAAAGAAACGUGUAAGGGUGAGAAUGUGAGAAGAACAAGUGUGAGGAGUGCAGCUGGCAAUUUAUUCAGUUGUCCAAUCUGAAGAGAAAUACAUGUAUACAGACUCACACUGCACUUCAGCAUGUGUAAAAUAGACAGUAGAUGUUUGUGGCUGAGUAAUGAGAUUUCCUUCUGAUCAGAUGGUGGUAUAAAAUACGUAAGAUGUUAGGUACAUAUCUCGGUUAUCUACAGAUGCUCUCGGGAUAGGUGUGUGUAUGUGGCGGUCACCGUGCACGUGGGGUUCGUACAUUCUACAUUGUAUCAGUAGACAAGGUGCGAUCAUCAAUAACUCUAAUUUUAAGAUGACCCAUGACGUCGAAAUUUUUGUUUAUAUAAGGAACUCCUAUUUUCAUGUGUCACAAUUUUUGCCUAUUUACACAUUCAAACUUGUUAGAAUCAUAACGAUGCACCAUGUAGCCAAGUGCAGUUCCCAUUAAAUUUUCCGUAUAGAGAAUGUAUAAUUCUAUGCCACAUGUGAUACAGAUAGCCUAACAGCAGCUCACUUACCCUUUGAAAAAUGCGACUUGUAACGUUAGGCAUUGCAAACACGACAAAAUGGGCACGGCUCUCAUUUGAACGUUUCAGAACUUUUGCAUAUUCCCGGUACCUUACUCUUAGUCGUAAUCACUGUAGGUUUAUUAGAUCCCGGGACCUUACUCUUAGUCGUAAUCACUGUAGGUUUAUUAGAUCCCGGUACCUUACUCUUAGUCGUAAUCACUGUAGGUUUAUUAGAUCCCGGGACCUUACUCUUAGUCGUAAUCACUGUAGGUUUAUUAGAUCCCGGUACCUUACUGUUAGUAGUAAUCGCUGUAGGUUUAUUAGAUCCUGGUACCUUACUCUUAGUCGUAAUCACUGUAUGUUUAUUAGAUCCCGGUACCUUACUCUUAGUCGUAAUCGCUGUAGGUUUAUUAGAUCCUGGUACCUUACUCUUAGUCGUAAUCACUGUAGGUUUAUUAGAUCCUGGUACCUUACUCUUAGUCGUAAUCACUGUAGGUUUAUUAGAUCCCGGUACCUUACUCUUAGUCGUAAUCGCUGUAGGUUUAUUAGAUCCUGGUACCUUACUCUUAGUCGUAAUCACUGUAUGUUUAUUAGAUCCCGGUACCUUACUCUUAGUCGUAAUCACUGUAGGUUUAUUAGAUCCCGGUACCUUACUCUUAGUCGUAAUCGCUGUAGGUUUGUUAGAUCCUGGUACUUUACUGUUAUAGCAGUAAUCACUGUAGGUUUAUUAGAUCCCGGGACCUUACUGUUAGUAAUAAUUACUUUUAGAUCCCUACCGCAUGGAAUUAGUUGUUGCGAGUAGCUAGCUAAAAAAUUAUCGGACUCCCUACUCAUUUUUUGCUUACCUAGUGCACUGU